ACCAUUGUGAGUGAAGGAGGGGUGCGUAGAAGAGAAGCUACUCCUAAACAUAAAAAGAUACAUCUUUAACGAAAACUGCAAUUGAGUAGAUACCUUUUCACAUUGUUUUAGUCAUGACUGGAGUCUUAAAAGACAUUUAUUGGACUUAAUCAUAAACUAACGUAUAAACAGCAACAAUACAACCCCUACCUUUACAGUCACCGGGCUUUCUGUAGUAGUUGACUUUUAAAUCCACUUCUACUCAUUGGUUUUCAUGUUAUAAGAAGAAAAUAUAUGUUGGACGGAUAUUUGUCGAAAAAAGAAGAUUAAAAAUGACCCUCACGUCAAAGACUCCACGUUUCAAAUCCAAGUUUAUCACUACUGAGCUGGCUCAUCUGUUCAGCCAUUCGGACAGUGAGGAGGAGUUUGAAGGUUUCAGCGAGGAUGAGCAAGAGGAGGACAGAGGAUCUCUUAACAAACAGCUAAAGACCAAGAUGGGGAAUUCAGAGGAGGACAGUGAUGUGGACACAGGUUUCUACUCUGAUGGCGAGGAGAACCCUCCACCAAAGAGGAAGAGUCUUUUGGUAGCCUUGAGGUUUCCUAACAAAAGAACACCGACCCUCAAACAAAAACUGGAAGAGCAAAAUGCCAAAAAGGAAAACAAAGUCAAAGAAGCCCCUCCUGCACAGAUGAGAACUAGAGGAAGGCAGAGGAAGCAGCAGCAGCUGGAUGAAGACGAAGACGAAGGCCUGUCUCAGAGCCUGAGGAAACGCGACAAGAACAUCCAGGAAAACAAGGCCAUGCUGGCUAAGCUGUUUGCUGAUCUGAGCUCCGUGGCUGACCUUACCCCGCCCACCACCCCUCAAAAGAAGAAGCGGUCGCCCUUGAAAGUGACUUCACAGAAACGCAAGUAUGUACCAGAGGUUGGGUCAGAAAGGAGAAACCCGUCCCGUAAGGCUCGUCCUCCUGAGAACUUUGCAGUGGAGGAAAAGAGCGAGCCAGUCCAACGCAGAGGCCAAAGAUCUAUAGACAUCAGUAGACUGGUGGAGGUGGAUGAGGAAUAUGCCAAUGGGAGAAAGAUAAAGCGUUCCAGGAAGAGCCAGUACAACGUAAGGUCAGUUGACGAUAUCACCGAAGAAGAACUGGACAACAUAGCGUACCGCAGCAAAGACAAGAUCUGGGACAAAGAGAAUGGCAGCUCGUGUCACCAGUGCAGACAGAAGACUCUGGACACCAAGACAGUGUGUCGCAGUGGUUUCUGUGUGGGGGGCAAAGGUCAGUUCUGUGGUCCGUGCCUGAAGAACCGCUAUGGGGAGGACGUACGUGACGUGCUGCUUGACCCGAAGUGGUGGUGUCCCAUCUGCCGAGAGAUGUGUAACUGCAGUCUGUGUCGUAAGAAGGAGGGCCGCUGUGCGACCGGCAUCCUGGUGGGAUUGGCCCGCUACAACGGCCACGACAAUGUCCACGAGUAUCUGGAGAGCAUUCGGAAGGAUCUGGACUAAAGUCCACAGAGAAGAGGAGAACCUGCUCAUACAGCUAGAACCUGGAGCAGGAUCUUGUGCUACACAGUACCGUAGAACUCAUUUCUAACGCACAUUUUUAGGUUUAGAUCAAUCUUUUAUCUAAUUAGAGAAAGAAGAGCAAAGAUAUGUUGUUGUUUUAAUGUCACAUUAAAGAUAUACUAUGCAGUAUUUUUCAAAAAAAAUAAACGGCAAUGUAUAGACUCAUACAGUCCCUCAUCCUAUACGAACCACUAAAUAUAUGUGCAGUGUCUGUAACCACAGCCUUUGCACAUUGGAUGUGUUGCUCCCAACGGCACACAGUUGAGACCAGGGCUUUAUAGAAAAGGUAGCGAGCAGGUCAUAUCACUGACUCCAGCUCUCUCUGUCUGUGUUGUGGAUGUAUAAAGAGCUGCAGGUCUGUGAGUCUGUUUGGCUGCAGGCCGGUGGUGACACACACACACACACACACAGCAAAGAGGCUACAGCGGACGAGGUGAAGCAUGCGCUUUCACUGCAUUCACACAAAAUCCGGCAAAGUGUCACCUUCCCGCAAUGAAGUGGCUGUUAAACAGAGAAUCAGAAAAUAAUGUUUUGUCCGAAACAUUUCUUUGUUUUGCUAACGCCGCUCCACCUCAUCAUCCACUCUCUCUGUCUCACUCAACCACUGCUGCUCUCGCUUGUUGAGAUGAGGAGGAGGGGCCAACUCAACAAAUACUGCAUAGUAGGCUUUUAACAUAAGGCACAUACACUGUUUAUAUGUUUUAUAUAUCCUGAUUUAGGGCUGCAUGAGAUGCAGGGAUGUUUUUGUUGUUUUUAAAGUCUACUCAGUUUUUAGUUGUGAGUUUUCAUUUCAAUACUUUUACUCUUUAUGUUCACUAGGACCAAUGUAACAUGGUUAUGUGGUUAUGUUCUAUGUCAUGGAUGCAAAAGGAGCAUUUCAUACUGUAUACCAACUACUUUUCUAAAAGUGAGUAGCUUUGCAACAUUGUUGUCAGUCCACUGUAAAUUUUUAAUAAAGAAUGGCAUUAUCUAAA